AAUCUUUAAAGAAAAUAUUGAACGAGUUUUGUAGCCAAAACUUAUAUUUAUAGAAAAACACUGUUUACAUUACCAUUUUAAAGCAAAAUAUCUCCUAAUAAAAUAGAAAUGAUAUACUUAAAAGAUUUAACAUUUUAUGCAUUUAAAAAGUGGGUUUUAAACAUGCAACAGUGCUAAAUUGCGUGGGAACUUAGUAUGAGAGAUGAAUGGUGUUUUUUUUCCUACUAAAAUGUCUAUAACGGAACAAAAUGGAUAAAAUUGAUGAAUUAGUUGAGAGAAGAAGAGCAGUUUUGAUACAGCGGACUCUGGCAGCUAUUCAGUUCUCCACAGGAUUUUUACUGGUAUUUUUCGCUGCUUACACUGCAGCUAUCCUGCACGGCAAACACUCUGGUGCGCCGUAUUAUGCCGGCGCUUUUAUGACAGGAUUUGCUGCCUUAAUACUGUCAUUUUGCGGAGGAGCGGUUUAUUACACUGGCAAAAAUACUCGCCUUGAAGUCCUUAUUCCCACACUAGUGAAACCAUGGGUAGUGGCGCAUGUAAUCAUAUCACCGUGUGCAACCGUUAUAAGUAUAAUCGGUAUAAUCAUCACCGGUAUCUACGGCACGUGCCAGUCCGGCUCGUGUUCCUACUCCACAAAUACAAAAUUUAACCUGGGAAUGGCAAUAUUUUUAUUAGUCUUAGAAAUACUCUGUCUAAUUUCUAUGAUCAUAAGCAUAUUAAUAUCCGUUUAUUAUGCCAGUAGUUUUGGAUUACAUUUGAUAUUUCACAACAAACCGAUCCCCGGUGCGGUACAGGUCAGGCCUGUAAACGAUGAAGUGCAGGUGUCACAGGAUAUGUACGUUCAACAACUGUGGCGCCAUAAAAUGCAAAACGAUAUAGAUUUCCGUAAAAUUGCUGAAUAUCUUGAAAUGUCAAGAAAGAAGAAAACAGAAGAGACUAUUUAAAUAAAAAUUCUCAUGAAUAUGUAAAUAAUAUGUAAAUAUAUGCAUUAUAUGUAAAUAUGAUAUCUAUAUGUAUGAUUGCAUCCCCAAGGUAUGUUUGUCUGUUCUAACUUGUUUUAUAUGUAUGUAUUGUUAUUAAAGUGGGUACAUUUACACAUUGUUUCAAUAAUAUGACAACAUUGUUAAAU